GGAAUGGGCGGGGCUUAUUUCAGACCAAGAGGGAGUAGGCCACUUCCUAGUUACUUUAGCAGCGUAUGUGCAAUGUUAUAAUACAUGAAUGUAUUCCUAAUACUGUGUAAAAAAAACUUAGUUAAGCAACAUUGAGGCGUUAAGUAAUGUUACUGCUACCGGAACUUCGCAACUGGGUUUUUCAGGAACUUUUUCAAGCUUCCUUUUUAAAGCAGCCAAACUUCUGCUCUCCUGUAGAAGAAGGAAGGGAAGUAUGUAGCGUUCAGAGGCACGGUCUGACUGCAGCUCGUCUUCGCCAUGGACACCUCGAUGUUCCCCAGGUACUCGUGGCUGGAUUUCGUGUUCACGGUAAUCGGCGUGUGCACCUAUGUGUUUGAUGUGGGCUCGGAUCUGUGGCUCGCGCAGGAGUUUCUCCGCCACGGGCAUUUCUUCUGGUUCGGCUUGCUGAUCGGGUUCAUGCUGACGUCAUCCGUGACGGUCCAGAUGUUCAGCUGGUUCUGGCUUAAAUAUGACCUGGAGCUCAAAACCUUCCAGACAACACACAAGCACAUGAUCCUUUUCGGCAGCGAAAGGCGUCUGGGACUCACGUGCUUCCUGCACGUGUUUCAGCUCGGAUUCUUCUUCAGGCACGUAUCGGCAAUCUGGCAGGGCUUCUGCGUGUGGUGGCGAGGAGAACAGGGUUCAGAGUACGCCGCCUACCUGACCCACGACCUCAGCAUGCUGCGGCUGAUCGAGACGUUCUGUGAGAGCAUACCACAGCUCGCGCUUAUGAUCUACAUCAUGAUCCACAGUAAUCACGCCAGAACCAUCCAGUAUGUGAGCGCAGUCGCGUCUACCAUUUCGGUAGCGUGGAUGGUGGUGGACUACCACCGCGCGCUCCGUUUCUUCCUCCCUGAGAAGACCAAGCAGACAUGGCUGUCCUCUGCCGUCUACUUCCUGUGGAACCUGUUGCUGAUCGGCCCACGCGUAGUGUGCGUGUCCCUCUUCACCUCCGUCCUGUCCUGUUACGUUUUUGUUCACUUCCUGUCACUUUGGCUCGUGUUUGUGCUCUGGGCCUCCCUCCAGGACACCAAAUUCAUGGACAGCAAAGCUGGAGAGUGGCUCUACCGGGCAACUGUAGGCGUCAUCUGGUACUUCAGCUGGUUUAAUGUCGUGGAAGGUAGGACCAGAGGCAGGAGCGCAAUCUACCACAUGUUUGUCGUGACCGACAGUGCAGUCCUAACGGUCACGUGGUGGUGCUACAGAGAUCUAGAAACGAGCCAAUCCUAUUCCCUUAUCCUCCUCAUCCUCAUCCCGCUUUCCUACCUGACAGGUCUGUUGGUUAAAAUGCUCUACUACUGCUGCUUUCACCCCAAGCUGGGGAAGACCCAGGCCUUGAAGACGGUUCCAGAUGUGCCUGAUGAUGGGCCGGUGACUCUGUGCAUGGUUAUUGAGACGGACUCUUGUAAAUCGGAGGUCUUGAACAAGAGAAUGGCCAGACACGCUGCUAACUUCUACAACAGCACGAGGACACGCCCGAAGGGACGACAGGACGCUGGGGUUAUCUGAGGAUAUGAGAACGUGGAAGUUGCCGUGAUUUGAUGAAGAAAACGAAGACGAAUUUCCAGCAAGAACCAAAAACAAGCUGGUUGGUGUUAAAAACAGCUGUAAUUGUGAGCGUUUUAAAUGAAAGUGCCACUGUGAGUCCGUGGUUCGCCUGGAGACCUUGUUUACACAGAUUAGUUAUUUUUCCUUGUACGGGCAUGUGCUGAUAUUUAAAAAAAAAAAAACUUCAAUAUCAUAACAAUCAGCUAACCCUUUAUCGGGUUAUGAUCGUAAAUCGGUUUCAAAUACUCUAAAGGUUUAGCUGCAUCUUCAUCUAUGCUGUCGACAAGCAUCGUGGAGAUGUUUGUUUAACAUUUUCGGAAGGAGUCUCCGGUGUUCGCACUUUGUGAGGGUCAGACGUAGAGCUGUAACUUUAAGUUUAAGCUGGAGAACGUCUGCGCCUUAACACGACGAGCUGCUUAGUUUUAUUUAUUUUGUUAUUGUGAGGUACUUUUAUACCUCACGAGGGCCGGUGAGGGAACGACCUCGGCUUCAACGUACGUCUCAAGACGAACUUGCCCGCGUCGCAGACAUUCCACAACAUAAAACGUAGCUGUAAAUGGAUAAAAAAAAAAAAGUACUGUAAAAGAAUGGUCGAAUAAUAGAUAAAAGAAAUUGUAAUCAUUGGCAAACUUGUUGUUGUAUAAGAGGAAUAAAAGACUUCAGGACAUGCUGGUUAUUGAUUUAUUUUCCCGUAACAGCAUGCCCUCUAUUGUUUAAUUCCUUGCAUAUGGAGUACCCAAUAAUCAGCACAUGCGUAAUCCUGUACCAGACCACCUUACAGAUGAAUUAUCAGUCGGGUUUAGUCCAGAAUAAAGCACUAUAGAAGCACUAAGAAUUGAGAAAUCUUUCUCGCUGUAUUGGGUCAGGGUCAUGUUAUGGGCGCUGUACUAUUUCAACCAAUCCUUCAUUUCAAGUCCCUUAAAUAAGACGUGUAGGAAAAGAUUUCACGACCGGAGUCCGUCUCUGGUGUUCCGACAAUUGUUUACAUUUUUAAAAAUGUUGUUUUUAAAAAAAAUAAAAGUCAGUGCUUUUUGAAUGCAUGUUUGGAAUCCUGUCCAUUUUGAUAUUUCACCAGACGACGCACUAUACCUCGUUGUGUCUGGCUCACAAACCUAGCUUUCGUACAGCUUCGUGAAACACACACUCGACAAGCCGAGCCGUACCGGCUCGGGAAGACGUCUCGGGAUUAACAAUGGCGCGACGACGCCUGAAGAAAUGCAGACGAUCGGCGGAUUUUAUCCGGCGUCAUGGUUACAACAUGUACGUAAAGGUUAAAGAAUCCACGUUUCACGUAUCUGAAUGUCAGGACUAUCUUUUUGUUUGUAUUUGAUUCGAUAUUUGUUGAACGCCUUGUUUAAUUCCUCCUGCUCUUCCAUGCGAAAGACAGAACACCAAUAUCCUGUUUUUAUGUGGACGUUGUUAACCACGUUUAAGGCCAUUUUCCACACUGGCUGUUUGUUUGACUCGCCAAAAAUGUUACAGUUUAUUACGCGCGGUUAAUAAAUGUGUGCUGCUGUAUGUUUUCGUAUUUAUUAAAAGUUAUUUGCGAUAUGGUACGUCGGACGGUCUGGUACACGUUAAAGACUCGUGUUAAUAUCAUUCAUGUUCAGUACAGUGAUCGCCAAUUAUGUCAUUUAUUAGUAAUUGUUUUAUCGUUAAACAUAAAUGUAAUGCAUUGCACAGCAUCUGGAAUAGUAAAAUAAUUGCACAGUU